AUGGCACCCGCGAGCGACCCGACCUGCGUGGAGCCAGCGUGCGCCGACAAGCUGAGCUUCUUCAAGAUGUCAGCUGGCAAGAAGACCAAGAAAGAGGCCGCGCAUCCGACACUAGCCAAGGAGUGCCCAUUGGACCGGCAGGAGCUGGGCACUGCUACGUGGGGACUGCUGCAUUCGAUUGGAAUUUACUACCCAGACGAGCCGUCGCCAGAGUAUCAGGCCAAAGCCAAGAGCUUCAUCGAGACUUUGGCGCUGAUGUAUCCGUGCGUGCAUUGCGCCGACGAUUUCCAGAAAGAGAUUGCCAAGUCUCCGCCACGUGUGGAGUCGCGUACGACGUUCUCGAUGUGGCUGUGCGAACAGCACAACGUUGUGAACCGUAAGCUACAUAAGCCUCUGUUUGAGUGCACGAUGCCGAAUCUCGAGGAGCGAUGGAGAAAGGGAAAACCAUCGUGCUGGGGUGAAGACGGCGACGAAGAUUACGCUCAGGAGACACUCAUGUAA